GUGCGUCACUCCCUCUCUGGUUCCUGAGAAUUCACAAAAAAGAAACUGAUCCCAGGUCUGCUAGCAGAAGAGGGCUCUCAGUUUGUCAGAUGUAAUGAGAACUAUUUCCACUCCUCUCUCAGAUCCUCCAGGCAACUGGUGCUCGGUCACACAGAAACAAGCUGUAUAGAUAAGGUUCAGUCAGACCAGAGGACAGUUCAGCCGCAACCCCGCGGCUGAAUCCCCCCCCCCCCAUCACUUCCUCAUCAAGAAUCGAAGUGGAGCAACAUGAGUUUCCUGUGACGCCACUCUGUCUCUGGUCAAUUAGCGUAGCUGUUCGCAUCACUCCUCCACACACAGGCUCCUGAAUGCAUCUGCUGUUCAGCGAAGAAUUUCUCUGCAGGAAGAUUAAAAUAACACCUUCUGCUUGUUCAGAUCCUGAUUGGAGAGAUCUGUGAUGUUGUUUUCAUGACACUGGAGUUGUUUCAGAACAUACAGCCAUGCUACAGCAGCCGGAGCUCAUCUUUGACUUUGCCAGUGACCACUUCAGCUCAUCACAGAUGGGGGUUUAUCCAGAGUACCCUGCAGUGGUUGUGGAACAGGUUCCCCAACACCUGCUGACAUACACCGGUCUGACGGGCGAACAGUCACAGACAGAGGAUCACCACGAGCUGCUUAAAGUGGAGCCAUGUGAGAGCGGAGAGGAGGAGACCAUGGAGAACCUCAUUGCUGCUGACUCGCUCCUUAACAUGGACUGCGUUGACACUCUCUCGCUGGAACAGCAUUACUCCCAGGGUUUCUUACCGUCACUGAACGAUGUCAUCACUGCUCCCGUUACCCAGGUGACCGUGUCCGCCGAGGGGGUUAUAGGAACUGUUGACCAGUCGCAGUGGCACUCGCUGCACAAAGAGAGGCCUGCAGCACAGUUGCAGUCUAAAAAGAGGGGUAAAAAGCCUCGACAUCGGAGGGCAGAGUCUCCUACACCAGAUAUCAAAGUAAAGAAGGACAAAUACAACAAAGGAGGGAACACCCUCUACCUGUGGCAGUUUCUAAUGGAGCUGCUGCAGGACAGACAAGUCUGUCCUCGUUACAUCAAAUGGACCGAUCCGCAGGCGGGCAUCUUCAAGCUGGUCAACUCCAAAGCAGUGGCCAGGCUGUGGGGCAAGCACAAGAACAAACCAGACAUGAAUUAUGAGACCAUGGGGAGAGCACUCAGGUACUACUACCAGAGGGGCAUCCUGAACAAGGUUGAGGGUCAGCGCCUUGUUUACCAGUUCACCUCCCUUCCCGAAAACAUGGUUUACAUCACAGAUGGAGACUGCAGCAAAGAGGAAGAAGAUGACGAUCUUGACAAAAGUGGAAGCGAUGAAGCCCUGAGUGACAGUACCGUCUCCAGCGAACAGUCUGCCGAGGAAGAAGCGGACGAGGAAGAUGAUGUGGAGGAUUUCCAGCCGCCGCUGAAGAAAACGUUGUUAGUCUCUUCACAAGCAGUGGCCGCACAGCGGCCCAGAUCAACUCCCACACAGUCAGCUCAUCGCAGCACCGUCUUGCGGCCAGCCAGCACCAGCCUGAUCCAGGAGCAACACCUGCCUAUUGUGUCCGCCGAGAUGCUGAGAACGCUGCAGAACCUGCAGAAGGUCCGCUCCCUGCAGCCUGCCGGGCAAGCAUCCGUCUUCAAAACGGCUCAGCUGCUGGGGAGUCUGUGCGAGAGGCAGGCUGCUUCUGAGACGGCCGUGGGUGGUAAAGUGGUGCAGAACACACGCAGGGCAGAACGCUCCACACCUGGUGCCUCCUACAAGCUCCAACCAGUAAAUACAGAUACAACCUCUGCUUAAUAUUAAACACACGGACACCCGUUCACUCCACUGACUCAGGAACACUUCCACAGUCGUACUGUGCUGCAACACCUUAAUGCCAGUUAAAAUUAAUUGCGUUUUUUCAUUUAAACGAGGCAAGAAUUGGAUGUGUUGUAGCCUCUCUAUUUGGACGAUAUUUGCAGAACCCACAAUCGAACUCCAGAUUUAUUCCAAGUUAAUACAGCCUUAGACGAUGUCCAUUAAUUGGUAUACUCUGUUGUAUUUUGUAUCUCCAAGUUACUCAAGACACCAAAGACAGACAUGCACUGGAAUCCCUAGUCUCUGCAGCUUCUGCAGAUGCAUUCUUUGCUUGCACUUCCACUUCAGGUUUUCUGGAGUCAUUUAUCAUGCCAUCACUCUUUGCCACCGCUUUUCUGCCUUUUUUAAAUUUCUAUUUAAUGUACAAUCACAUCCUGAAUCAUUCCUUUGCCUUUAAAGCAGCUUGUUUGCACUAUGAUCUUCACUCUGCUGUAUGUUUCUUCUCCAAGUGCCUAAAAGUCUAGACCCUAGCCCUGCUUUCUCUCUUUCUGAUAAUCAUGAGAAUUGUGAGGGAAAAACAUUCCAUAUUAUUAUUAUUAUUAUUAAGAAUACUGUUGUUGUUUUUAAGAUAUCUGAAUCUGUUUGUAUUGUGGGAUGUUAAAACAAGGGAUGGCUUUUUGCUGCUGUUAAAUGUUUGGCCUUUCUUUGAAUUGUAACUGUAAAGCCUUUCUGUUUGGACACUGUGCAUAUAUAAGCCUUGGUAUCUACACAGGUUGUAUAUUAUAUACUGUAUGUGUGAAUGUGCUUCUGCUUUGUUGCCAUAUUCCCCCUCAGGUUCAUUUAUUUUUCUACUCUGCAGAGACCGUGUACUCUAUGUAAAGAGUAUAAUGGCCGACUGUUAAUAAUGAAGUAAUUAGUCCAGUGUUUCCUCCUGCCUUGGCUUUAAUGUGGCCUCACAAAGCCAGCCUGCAGCAUUCGCCUCACUUUGCAUUUAAAUUGUACUCUGCAGGAGCAAGGCUGGUGUUUGUCAGGUGAAACUUAGUUAGGAGAUGCUUACGCAGUGACUGUGCCUUUGCCUGUAGGGAGCCGCUAUGCAAAACUACUUCUCACUUUAUUAAGUAAUUUGUCUCAGAAUCCCCUCACCUGUGCUGUCUCUGUGUUUCCUGAUGCUGUUUAUACAGUGUAGGAUGAGCUUUAAGCAGACGACAAGGGAGAAAUUCUGUUGCCUUAUUUCUUUUGUACGUUUCCUUUCAUGCUGUCCAAAGAUGAUGGAUGAAAUAAAUAAUAAUUUGUGCGAAA